UUCUAUAUUUAUACCUUAGAAAUUGUACAUCAAAUGUCAUUCCGCGAUUUAAAUUAAGCCAAAUUUUUUCAACAAUCAAUGAGCUUAGCCCAUCAUGUAUUUGGCUCAAUAGUAGCAGUAGGGUUAUCGCCUAUUAUAUUAUUCUUCUUCUUAGUUAUAUUAAUUACAUCAUCUGAUAAAUCUUAUGGAUUUCGGCGUUUAUUUGUCAAGCUAUUGCUACGAUUAUUUGAGUGGGCUAGUCAAAUUCAACAUGAAAAACAGCAAACUCACGAUCCAGAUGAUAUUGAUAAAGAUAUUAUUGACCAUUCAAAAAAUAACUUAAUUAAUAAUGGAAACAGUAGGUCAUCAUUAUUUCAUAAGAGUGCUUCAGCUAUCAGGCCUAAUAAAAAUUCCUUCAACAAAAACUACUUAAUAGAAAAAGACAUUCCAACAUACGGGCCACAAACGCCCAUAGCCCCCGCUGAAUCCUUACCUAACUUCCAAGUAGGCGAUAAUGAUGGAGAAGAAGAAAUUGAAACCGAAAAUAAAUAUAAACCUCGAAAAGUGAGUCUGGAUACCAUUGAAAUUAAACAAAAGAGAAACCACGUCGAUGGUAGGAUAGGUUUAACUAGGGAGGCACUCGGGGCUGACAAAAAGAGAGCAGUUAAAUCACCGGAAAUGAGUAAUGGAAUGAUACCUAGGAGUGAUAAGAACAAACCGAUCGACGAUAAAGUGAACCUACUGCCAGGGAAGCAAACUCCCAACGGUGUCAUCAAUAAAAAUGGUCAUCACAUGCCGCCACCUAAUUACAAAGUUAUCAAGGAAAAUUUCCAGAUACACCACGUACUCGAUUACCAACGAUUCGGAAUAGAGGCAAUCAUAGAAGACGAAGUUACACAGAGAUUCCAAGCAGAAGAGUUGCCAUCUUGGAAUCUAUUGACUCGAACCAACAAGAAUUUCUACUACAUCAGCCCGACCUUUACCAUCUUAUGGGGAAUAGGAUUUAUAUUUCGUUACAUCUUCUUGUUGCCAGUCAGGAUUAUGCUAUUUACUUUGGGAAUCAUAUGGCUCAUGUUCUCUACAGCGAUCAUUGGAAUGGUUCCAGAAUCUGAUUUUAAGAUAUGGUUAUACAAACACGCAUCUCUUAUGUGCUUCCGUAUACUAGCUCGUUCUUUAACAGCUAUCGUAAUCUUUCACAACAAAGAUAAUAGGGCAAAACCUGGUGGAAUAUGCGUCGCUAAUCAUACAUCUCCCAUUGACGUUGUCAUGCUGUCGUGUGACAAUUGUUAUGCCUUGAUAGGGCAAAGACAUGGCGGUUUUUUCGGAUUUCUCCAAAAGCUUCUCACCAGGUCCACUCAUCACGUUUGGUUCGAACGAUCCGAAACGCAAGACCGACGUGCUGUGUUCGAUACCAUGAAAAGCCACGUCAGCGAUCCGAAAAAAUUACCCAUACUCAUUUUUCCCGAAGGCACGUGUAUUAACAACACAUCCGUCAUGAUGUUUAAGAAAGGCAGUUUUGAAGUUGGAGGAAUAAUUUAUCCGGCAGCUAUCAAAUACGAUGCUAGGUUCGGGGAUCCAUUUUGGAACAGUAGCCGGCAAACAUUUCUCCAAUAUUUGUUGAUGAUGAUGACUAGUUGGGCUCUAGUGUGCGAUGUUUGGUAUUUACCUCCCAUGAUUAUACAGGAGAAUGAAGAUUCAUAUCAUUUUGCAGAUCGGGUCAAAGCUGCUAUAGCCCAACAAGGGGGAUUAGUCGAUUUAGACUGGGAUGGAGAAUUAAAACGUGCAAAGGUCAAAAAAUCUUGGAUAGACAAUCAAAGAUUUAUAUAUAGUCAAAGAAUUAAAACUGAAUAAUUUUUUUUUCGAAUAGAUAUUAUAUAUAUAACUAAACGAAUAUUAUUUGAAAACUUGGAGAUAAAUUUGAUUUCUCUUGAAUUAUGAUUUUAAUUUAUUUAUAUAAUAUAUAAUCAAAUUUUAGUUUUUAAAUUUGACAUAAGCAAGAAACUCGAAUCUUAAAAAAUUACUAUGACGGCUCAAUUGAGAUGAGGUUUAGUUAAUUUAGUAUAAUAAUUAGUGACCAAAUUUUAUUUUGUCUUUUCAUGAUCUUUAUUUUAUUAGCUUAUUCAAAUUAUUUAAAUAUUGUAUUAUUUGUAUAGUUGAAUUAUUAUUUUAUAAUAUAUCCAUGGCAAUGUUUGAAAUUGUAAUAUUCUGAAUAUUUCUUUAUUAUAUCAAUACAAUCAAAUAAGUUGCAUAGUAAAUUUAUCACAAAUAACAUACGAAGAUCUUUUUACAAUUAUUAUUGCUUUAUUUUUAUUAUUAUAGUACUAUUAUAUGGAAAUCAUGUUAUAUUAGAUUGAUUUUUAAUUUAAUUUCCUAAUAUAGGCUUUUUAUUUUCAAUAAAAUUGAUAGGAUUUCUA